AUGUCCAACACUGCUGAAGUUGAAGAUAACCAAUCAAACAACACAUCCCCUCAAAACGAUCAUCAUGCCGUCGUCUCUACCUUUGAUCUUUUCUCUAUCGGUGUCGGUCCAUCAUCCUCGCAUACAGUCGGCCCAAUGAGAGCAGCCAAGAUUUUCAUUAAUGACUUGAAAGAUCAUAAUGUACUAGAUAAGGUCCAUUCACUCAGAGUAGACUUGUUUGGUUCCCUUGCGCUGACAGGUGAAGGCCAUGGUACUCCUGAAGCUAUCCUGAUGGGAAUUGAGGGUGAAGCCCCAGAUACGGUUGAGACAGGUACAAUUCAAUCAAGAGUCAAAGACAUCAAGACAAACAAAUCAAUUCGUUUGGACGGAACCCACAGGAUCACAUUUGACUAUGAUAAGCACAUGGUCUUCAAUUACUUCAAAACAUUACCCCAACAUCCAAACGGCCUUCGCUUUUGUGCCUAUGACAAAAAUGUCAACAUGGUGGCAACCAAUGAAUACUUUAGUAUCGGUGGUGGCUUUGUCGUCAACGAACAGACCCAAUUAGAUCACGGUGAGAAUGUAUAUUAUAAGCAGACAACGGAAAAGAAUGUGGUGGCAGAACGUCGUGAACAGGAUGUAGCUGUCGUCUCUUUGCCCUUUAGAAAUGCUCAAGAACUGUUGGAGGUCUGUAAGCGAGAGAAAAUGACGAUUGCCCAGGUUGUGUUUGAAAACGAAUUGAAGUGGAGCACUCCUGAAGCGAUCAGAGAAAAGUUGCUCAAGAUCUGGAAUACAAUGGACGACAGCAUCCGUAACGGUGUCAUGGCUUCUCCCGAUGACUAUCUACCUGGCCCUCUCAAAGUAAGACGUCGUGCACCUAGACUGUACAAUAAACUAUUGAAAGGAUUAUAUGGCACCCCUAUGAAUGCAAGCAAUGGAUAUCAUGACACUCGCAUCACUUCUUCACAGCAACUGCCUACAUCAAAUGAGCAACAACAAGUCAGCAGUCAGUAUCCACUCGCACUCAGCUUUUUACCUAAAAUGCCACGAAAGAAAUUCGUCCUGCCAGCUCUUGACUAUCUCUCGGUCUAUGCCAUUGCUGUUAAUGAAGAAAAUGCUUGUGGAGGGCGUGUGGUGACAGCGCCUACAAACGGUGCAGCAGGUACUAUCCCUGCUGUCUUGAAAUACUAUCUCGAAUUUAUCUCGGAAAAUCCAGAAAGAGAUGUCAUGGAGUUCCUGUUGACUACAUCAGCCAUCGGUAUGCUGUUCAAACGAGGUGCCAGUAUCUCUGCUGCUGAAGUUGGCUGUCAGGGUGAAGUCGGUGUAGCCUGUUCCAUGGCAGCUGCUGGUUUCACAGCAGUGAUGGGUGGUACAGUGGAUCAAGUGGAAAAUGCAGCAGAAAUCGGUAUGGAGCAUAACUUGGGUCUGACGUGUGAUCCAAUUGGUGGUCUUGUACAGGUACCCUGUAUCGAACGAAAUGCUCUCGCUGCAGUGAAGGCUAUUGCUGCAGCUCAAUUAGCUCUGAACGGUGAAGGUGAUCAUCGAGUAUCUCUUGAUCAAGUUAUAGAAACAAUGAGACAAACUGGUCUUGAUAUGAUGUCAAAGUAUAAAGAAACAAGCCAAGGUGGUCUUGCUGUGAAUGUGCCACUGUGUUAA